UUCUGCUCCUAUCUUCAAGCCGGCUUUAUUUGUUUGUAAUGCAGAACGCCACAACGCUAGGAAUUCCCAUACGUGCUUCCCAUACGUGCUCCACCCGCUCGCACUAUCACGGUGCCCUGGUGUCGCUGUAAACUAUCCAGGCCACGAGGUUACAAUCUUCAGUGAAUUCCAACUGGGGCUAAGAGAAAACUUUCCCAGCCGGAUGCGCUUGUGAUGUGAGCCACGGACCCGGGAGUCCCAGCAUAGACGGUCCCCUCUGUAGCUGCCGCUGCAGCUGGGAUCUGCUUCGGUAUUUUGGGAAUGCGUUCGGCCAUUGCCCUGGAGCACCCGCACACGCGCACGCAUCUCUGGCCGCGCUCACACUCACAUACACACACACACAUACACUCGAACGCGUGACCGCCGCCAGGUCGGCAACUUUGUCGGGCGCUCCCAGCCGAGCUCAGCUUCCUCCCGUAGUAGUUGGGCUCAAGCCCCGCCUCCUGGCUCUGUUGUCAAACGGGCUGGGGUCUCGGAUUGGUCCAGCCUCCGGGACAACACCUGCUCGACUUCUUCAUUUAAGUGACACCAGAGCUUCCAGGGAUAUUUGAGGCACCAUCCCUGCCACUGCCGGGCACUCGCGGCGCUGCUAACGGCCUGGUCACAUGCUCUCCUGAGAGCUACGGGAGGGCGCUGGGUAACCUCUACCCAAGCCGCGGCUGCAAGGAGGAGGGAAAGGCGAGCGAAGAGGAAGAGUGGGAGGAGGAGGGGAAGCGGCGGAGAGGAGGAGGAGGGGAGCACAAAGAAUCCAGGUCUCCCGGCGGGAGGUUUAUACCAAGAACCAUGUGUGCCGAGCGCCUGGGCCAGUUCGUGACCCUGGUUUUGGUGUUCGCCACCUUCGACCCGGCGCGGGGGACCGAUGCCACCAACCCACCCGAAGGUUCCCAAGACAGAGGCUCCCAGCAGAAAGGUCGCCUGUCCCUGCAGAACACAGCGGAGAUCCAGCACUGUUUGGUCAACGCAGGUGAUGUAGGGUGUGGCAUUUUUGAAUGUUUCGAGAACAACUCUUGUGAGAUUCGGGGCUUACAUGGAAUUUGCAUGAGUUUUCUGCACAACGCUGGAAAAUUUGAUGCCCAGGGCAAGUCUUUUAUCAAGGAUGCCUUGAAGUGUAAAGCCAACACUAUGAGGCAGAGAUUCGCCUGCAUAAGCCGGAAGUGCCCUGCCAUCAAAGAUAUGGUGUUUCAGUUGCAGCAGGAAUGCUACCUCAAGCACAAUCUGUGCAGGGCUGCACAGGAGAACAUCCAGGUCAUAGUGGAGAUGAUCCAUUUCAAGGACUUACUGCUGCGCGAAGCCUACGUGCACCUGGUGAAUGAGCUGCUGGCCUGUGGAGACGAGGUGAAGGAGGCCAUCACCCACAGUAUGCAGGCUCAGUGUAAGCAGAAAUGGGGGGAACUAUGUUCCAUCCUGAGCUUCUGCACCUCAACCAUCCAGAGGUCCCCCACAGUGCCUCCUGAGCACCAGCUCCAGAUGGACAGAGACAGACUCUCCUGGACCCACCAUGGGGAAGCCAGCCACCACUUCUCAGAGCCCAGCAGCAGGGAGAGCAUUCGAGGCGCCAAGGGCGAACGUGGGAGCAGGGGCCACUCAAAUGCCCGUGCCCGGGGCAGAGCUGGUGGCCAUGGGGCCCAGGGGCCUUCUGGAAGCAGUGAGUGGGAGGAUGAACAAUCUGAGUAUUCUGAUAUCCGGAGGUGAAAUGAAAGGCCCAGCCAUGAAACCUUUCCGCCACAACGUCCGUUUUCUUACCUAUGGACAUUCCAAAACAUUUACCAUUAAAGAGGGGGCUGUCACACGCAGGGUUUUUGUGGGGAUUGUGGGCUUCGUGAAGGUGUAUGAACGGGUGAGACAGCUCCUAAGGCAGCGAGGUCUCAGAGGUGCCUAGAGAAUCAGGCACCCACACAUACUCAAGGGAACCCCCCAUAUCCUCCUUGUAACUUCGUCUUCUUUCCAUCCAUGGAUCCAGCGGGUGGUGGGCGCAUGAUACACUCUGUCAUGGGGGAGGUGAGGCAGGGAGGGGCAGGUGAGCAGGCAGUCUAUGUGGGGUAGACCAUCCCAGGGGUGCUAGGCUCCACCCACAGCCUUCACAGAAGGCAGGUGUGUGGUUUCCAGGGCAACAGUGAAAGGAAAGUGUCACGAGAAUGCAGCGGAAGGGUGGUAAGGAGGCAGGGGCCGCAGGCAGGAGCCACAGCAGGGCUCAGUGCCAAGUUUCCUGCAUGGGACCUUGCGAUUCAGAGCUGCUUGAGGUGGGAGAGGGGAGUGUAAUUUCUAUGUGUAAUUUCUGAGCCAUUGUUCUGUCUAAGGGACACAGUCUGAAGGACUGGCCCCAGUGUGUUUGUAUUUUAACCACUGCUUCAAAUCUUGAUUUCACUUUUUUAUUUAUCCAAUGACAUCUACAUAUCUGUCAUCUAAAUAAAUGCCUUGCAAACAAA